GAGGUGAAGUCAACCCAGCCCCAGGCAGCGGCUCCCAGCGGACUUGACCCCGGCCCUGCCCGCUCGGAGAAAGUGGCCCUGAUUUGUCCUCUUGGAUUUAUGACGGCUGUGAGCCCCACGUGGGACCCGAUGAUCUUUUGUUUACCGCAGGGGUUGACCCAUUGUAAGUGCUGAACAAAUACUACAGUCAUCAGCGAGUGCUCCAUAAAUACCAUCGAUCGAGAGACAGCUGGGACUUUUCCUGGAGCCCGUGUGUUGAGGAGACUCCGAUGUUGGGCUCGGCUUCGUGGCUGAACACAGCGGAUCAGCCCAUGAAAACUUCCACUCGUAGACAAAGAGAGAGGUCUGGCGGAAAGCAGCAUCUAUUAUCCCAGGCAAGGCAGCAGGGAAGAGGACAGGCGGUGGAGAUCUUGUGGUCAGAAAAGCAGACUGAAAGGUGACAUUGAAGCUGAACAUGGGUGGCGGAGAAAGGUUCAACAUUCCGCUUCCCCAACCUAGAAAUGUCACGAAGAACCAACAGCAGCUUAACAACAGGCAAAAGAAUAAGGAUCAGAAUUCCCAGAUGAAGAUAGUUCACAUGAAGAAAGAAAGAGGACAGAGCCAUAACUCGUCAGCUGCUGGGUGGCAGGUCGGGCCGAAAGGGGGAAAGAACGGCGGCCAUCUCCCAAAGAGUCAGAAUCGGAACCCCAACUCGUCCCGCCCCAACUCCCUUUUUACAUCUCAGACCAAUCAGAAUUAUGCUGGAGCCAAAUUUAGUGAGCCACCUUCACCGAGUGUACUUCCUAAGCCUCCGAGCCACUGGGUUCCCGUUUCCCUUAACCCUUCCGAUAAAGAGACCAUGACCUUUCAGCUAAAGACCUUGCUUAAAGUGCAGGUCUGACCUACCUAAGGGAGCGCUGAAGAAAUGGGGUUUCAAAUCACGGGGGUUCACAUCCGAACGUAGAUCGAUCUCGUAGCUCCAAAAUUUUAAAAUUGCACCAUUAGGGACUCACUUCAGCUAGCUGCAAGGAACAGUUAGUUGAUUGAUUGCACAGCGGGGCGGGGCGGGGGGAGGAAUGUUCUCCAUGGAGAAUUGUGGGCGCUGGUUGAACUCUGCAGCAGUAAACAGCUCUGUUCUUUGUACCUUUAGAAUGCUGUCUUUAAGUGCAACAGCUCCUAAGUCUGAACGCAGAUUUUAAGUGAAGGGUUGGGGGGAGGGAGGGAAGGAGGCAGGGCCAGUUUUCAGAGCGGGAAGGAAAUAAAUCCACAUUUCUUAAACCAGUGCUUUUAAAUGGGUAACCAGCAGAUUUGAAACAAAGACUGCUUGCAUUUAGCUCCUUAGAGAUGAAGAUGUAUUGGAAAACCAAGGGUAGAAUUUUGGUACCCAGUGAAUUGAAGAAAUUUGCUCUUUGUGUUUUAAUAGAAUGGGAAACUAGGCGUGAUGACAGUGACUUUUUCCGGUUCGGUGCACGCCAGCCGCCUUUAACAAAAAAAGCCUCGAUGACCUCCCUUUUCUCCUAGGGUACUUAGUGUGCACUGAACAUUUUUUUUUUUUUUUUUUUUGUUAAAGUACUUUGAAUUGAUCUAAAGCACUGAGGAAGCUGGAGAUUGGCCUGGCCUCAAAUUUGGAUACCCUGGAAAAAGGUUAAAUUAGGGUAGCCCCUGUGGCUAGUGUAAAGUUUAAAUAGGGAAGAAAGAGCCAUGUAAAUAAAUGUAAAAACGUGUAGCAUAUGUAAAUUUAUGCUGGGCUUUCCUGCAGAAAUAAAGUAUUUUUUAGUACCAAACUGCUGAAUGUAAGGCCAUGCUGUAGACAUGGACUGGCUUAAGAGUCGAAAUAUUUUGUUUAAAAGAAAACCUUUAAGCACAUGUUUGUCUACACCCUUGCACUGAAGUACCAGUGAAUGUGCACAUGCCGUGUUUGAUAUGUUGUAACUGGGUUUUAAGUCUGGUGCAAGAGGCUUUCAUUUAGAAGUUUUUUUUUAAUAAAAACAAAAAAAAGAACAAAAAACAAAACGAAACAAAAAACCCUUGAAAGGCUGCCAAGGCUCAAACGUUCCAUUUUGAAUGUAUAAAGGAAUGUCUGACUUGAGAAAUGAUUAACGUGCUUCAGGGUUUUUGGUGUUUUUAAACAUUUUGAAUCUAAGGAUCAGGUGGUAAAGAACAAUUGACUGGAGUCUUGUGGUGAAUGACAAUCUUCUGAAACUUAAAACAACAUUCCUUUUGUCUACGAGGAACAUCGUGUGCCUCUUGCCUACUUGGAAAGAGUGAAUACCUUUGUCAGAACAUUAAUUUUGUCCUGGAGGAGGGGAAAAAAAAAAAGGCCACUUGCCCCCUCGCCGUGAUCCUUUCAACAUAUCGGGCCUUCCAUUUUGAAGCUGAUUUGAAAACUCGAUCAGUUAAUCCAUUCGGGUACCAACUUCAUUCAAAAUGAGUUUUCAGAAUUCUAGAAAUGUUACGUUCUGACUCCUUGCCUGGACGCUGAGCAUGCCAGUUGUUGAGCCCAGUGACUGGAGAUUGUCAUUCUCAGUGGGAGAGCCACAUCAGCCCCAAAUUAGGACCAAAGGAAAAAUAAAAGCAGUAAGUUCCCACUGGACCGUAAGCUCUUCGCGGGCAGGGAACAAGCGUACCACCCACUGAAUUGUACUCCCCUUCACGCUUAGUACAGUGCUCUGCACAUAGUAAGUGCCCAGUAAAUUCCAUUGAUUGAUUAUUUUUCGGUUCGAGGUCAAUUUUGGUGGUACUAAGUUGUACGUCUUUCAACUGUCAAAAAAUGUCGCAGCUCUCGAUGUUUACAAACGUGCUUUUCCAAAUAAAGCAGUAAUUGGCUAGUUUACUUGUUACCUCUCCAAAGGAAAAAAAAAAUCCCCUCAAGACCAAAUGAGUAUGUCCAAAUAUAAUUCUGGUGUCUAAUAAACUUCAAGCAUUUAACUGUGAUGUAUGAAUUUGAAACUUUAAAUUGAAAAUAAACUAUUUUACUCCCCCAA